AUGGCAGAGCUUCCAAAAAAGUUUGUUAGGUUAUUCGGGGCAGAGCUAGGUAAAGCUGGACUAAUCGAGGAUCCGACGGGUAAGAUUUGGCCUGUAGAAUUACGGAGAGCCAAAGCCGAGGUUUACUUCCAGAGUGGUUGGCAUGAGUUCAUGGACUACUUCUCUAUUUCUGUUGGGCAUUUUUUGAUUUUCAGGUACGAAGGGGAUUCGCAAUUUCAUGUAUCUAUAUGUGAUGAGACUGCCUGUGAGAUAGAAUACCCAUAUCGUCAUGGGGAGGAUGUCGAUGAAUCCGUUUCAGAAGGAGUAUCUAUGGAAAAUAUGGAUGUUCCCUUUCAAUCCGCAGCUAAUGCACGCACUGCAGCUAACAGAACUAGACCCAGUUGUCGUCGCCAUGAUUCUGCAAGUAAACGUAGAUUUGAAGAUUAUCGAUGUUAG